CCGCCCGCCGCAGCUCCCGCCGCCGCCGCCGCCAUGGACAGCGACGAGGAGACGCUGGAGGAGACCGUGGAAGGGCAUCUAGAUGAUGAUGGGUUGCCACAUGGAUUCUGCACAGUCACCUAUUCAUCAACAGACAGAUUUGAGGGAAACUUUGUGCAUGGAGAAAAGAAUGGCCGUGGCAAGUUCUUCUUUUUUGAUGGAAGCACCCUGGAAGGGUACUAUGUUGAUGAUGCCCUGCAAGGCCAGGGAAUCUACACUUAUGAGGAUGGUGUGGUCCUUCAUGGCACGUACGUGGAUGGGGAGCUGAAUGGACCGGCCCAGGAGUAUGACAGUGACGGGCGGCUGAUAUUCAAAGGGCAGUAUAAAGACAACAUUCGACACGGAGUUUGUUGGAUUUAUUACCCGGAUGGAGGCAGCCUUGUGGGAGAAGUGAAUGAGGAAGGGGAGAUGACCGGAGAGAAAAUAGCCUAUGUGUACCCUGAUGGAAAGACUGCAUAUUCUGGAAGGUUCAUAGAUGGAGAAAUGAUAGAAGCAAAGCUGGCAACUCUGACAUCCAUAGAGGAUGGGAAACCUCAAUUUGAAGUAGUACCAGGCAGUCCAGUGUACAGUUUUGACAAAUCUACGUCAUCUUGUAUUUCUACAAAUGCUCUUCUUCCUGAUCCUUAUGAGUCAGAGAGGGUGUAUGUUGAUGUGUCUCUCAUUUCCAGUGCUGGAGAAGGAUUAUUUUCAAAAAUAGCAGCAGAAGCCAGCACAGUUAUGUCCUUUUACAAUGGAGUGCGAAUCACACACCAGGAGGUAAAGGAGAGAAAAGUAGAUGGCAGAGACUGGGCCCUCAAUGGAAAUACAAUAUCCCUGGAUGAUGAAACAGUCAUAGAUGUGCCAGAGCCCUACAACCACGCCGCCAAGUACUGUGCCUCUCUGGGGCAUAAGGCCAACCAUUCUUUCACCCCUAACUGCAUCUACGACCCGUUUGUUCAUCCUCGUUUCGGGCCUAUCAAGUGUAUCCGUACCAUCAGGGCCGUGGAGAAAGACGAGGAAUUGACAGUGGCUUAUGGAUAUGACCACAACCCCGUCGGGCAAAACGGGCCAGAAGCACCGGAGUGGUACCAGCUGGAACUGAAAGCUUUCCAGGCUGCUCAGCAAAAGUGAAGUGGGAUCUUGUUCUACGUUCCGCAAACUGAAAUAGAAACUUGGAUCUAUGCACUACCUUUAUACUGAAAACUGGACAACCAGGGAUUGUUCAUGCGUUGCAUCAUAACUUUGCAUUCUGUGUUAAGAGAUAAGUUUCUUGCAUACUAACUAGGUUUGACUGUGUUACUCAUAGCAGAUUUAAAAUUAGCUAGUGUUGCACCAGUCUUAUCUGGAGAAAUUAUUUAAUAUUCUAUACGAGAUGUGAUAUUCUUUGGUAGCUUCUGCUUUUGCACCGUAUGCAAAGAUGCCAAAAGACUAGACGGAAAACUAAACUGGGUAUAUCGUUCACUUUUAGUCGGCAGACUUAGUGUCGCUCUCGAUCUGCCUAGGCAUUAUUGUGCAACUGCAUUUUGCAUAUAUGCCACUUGUGAUGAUAACAGUAAUAUUUUGAUAUUCUCUAAUAGUAGCAUAAUUUUGCCUUUUUAAACCUUUGAUCUGAAUCUUGCAAUAGAGCAGUAUUUAUUAGCAUAUAGGAGGCUGGGUUUUAACUCCCCUUUCCUCUUGUCUGAACGUUGUUCUUUCUACAAAUCCUCUUUUGCGGGAGAAAAUCCUUUCUAACUAGCGGAAAGGCUUGUGUGUGUAUGUGAGAGUGCUGUGUGUUGGUCUCUGUGGCUCUCUAAAUAGUAUAGCAACGUGUCCAAAUCUAAUAUUUAUCUAGCCUUUACGGCUGGCUUAUAUUAUUUAAUUUAUGAUUGAGACGCAAAUGAAGCUGUUCUUUGCAUGAAGAAUUUUCUGAAAGAGAAAAUGGAUUUGCUUUUUGAAGGACUUUCAGGAGUGCAAGCACAUGACUCCUACUAGUGUCUGUGAGUUGGUUUGUGUAUUUCAACUGUUGAAGUGGCCAGUUCUCAAGGCAAAAAUUUUAGCAAUGAGAUGCUUGUAUCUCACACUGAGUUCUCCUGAAGCUUGGAGGCAUAUGUAUUUUAGGGCAGGCUGUAGUACUUGGUUAAGGAGAGCUGUAUCUUUUGUAUGUGUUCAGUUGACAAAAGAAUAUAGCCUUGUAGCUGUCUUGUAGUAGUGCUGGUUUAAGACAUGGUCAAUUCAUAUAGUAUGAGAUAUCAAAAUAAGACUUUUUUAAAAAAAGAUGUGAAAAGAUUGUUUUUGAAAGACAAACAAUGAAUGUAAAAACAUCACUCACUGCUCAUAUUUAGAAACAACAGUCCACCCAUAGCUUUGUUGCAGCCAACAGUGGGGGCUUGUGAAUAUUCACCUGCAGGGCUGUGUUCUGGGGUUUUUCAGGGGUAGGGAAAUUGUGCGUUUUUCUUUCUGAUACUGUACUGGUCAUGCCUAAUGCUGUGUAAGAGAGAAAUAAUGUACCACCUUGGUCUGGAUACUGUAGCCCUUCUUGGACUUUGAUGCUCUCUUUUUUGGUUUAGCAGCUUAGGAAAAACUCAAACGCAUUUGCAACACUUUAAAUGUUUGUAGUUUAAAAAAAAGUUUGUAUAUAUGUAACAUAAAUGAUUCGGAAAUCGAACCUACCUUUCUAUUUUAGUUGCUGGUGUCUGGCUGUCUUGGGAGCUAGACAUGGAGAAUGCGUUGGGUUAGUACUUGCAAGUGGAAGGAUGAUGUUGCUGUCUGAGAAUCCUCGCUUUGGUACCUGUACAGAGUUAGGAAUUACUAAUAAAGAACCCCUGUGACUUGGGGCUCUGUUUAGUCCUUGUGACUGAUCGCAAACUUUUCCCAGCACCUCACCAUCUAAGCUUGCACAAAAGCAACUCUGUGCAUGUACUGGAGGGGGCAAGUAGGCUCAGGGCUUUUUUCUGACACUCUUCCAGCAGCGAUCUGAACAUGAGAUUUUGCAUAACCCAUCUCCUCAUGCUGGAGACUCAGGCCACAGCUCUGCUUCUCAUCCAAGGUAGGUGGCUGGCAGUGGUGACAGCUCAGGGACUCUGCAGAGCAUGCAGAGACAGAACUGAGCCUUACAGGUGAGGAAUGGUUAUCAAAGGCUGAUUGGCAGUACAGCUUCAGCAAAUGAACCUCCAGAAGAAAAACUCAUGUCUUGAUCUUUCUCUGCCUGCCCACAGGUUAUUAUUUCAGAUCAUUGCUGUUUUGGCCAUUUGCAGGACAGUGUUUUGGCCAUUUGCAGGACAGUGUUUUGGCCAUUUGCAGGACAGUGUUUUGGCCAUUUGCAGGACAGUGUUUUGGCCAUUUGCAGGACAGUGUGGUAGGAAGCUGUUGCGUGCAUCUUGUGGAUCAUUCUGCCAGGACCAUGAAGUUUGCAAAGUUGAGGCUCGUGUUUAAGUGCAAGAAAGAGGAGAGGGAAAAUGUGUGACUAAACCCUACUGUGCACGGUUGGUAACUCCUUCCACUGUCUCGGUAACCUGCUUUGGACUGCUGGCCUCCUUAUGCCCACUGGAGAAUCGUGCUUGAAACGCUCUCAUCUCUAAAGCUCCUUUGCCUUCAUUCCUGAUCAGUCUCUGAUUCCUCUGCUGUCUCCUCUUUGCAUGGAGUUGCUUAUGUUUCAAUAGGUCAGCCUUCAAAUUGCCCGAUUCUUGAGAUAAAUACAAGAUAGAUGCUCUUCGCACAUUGGGUUUGAAGGUUGCAUCCUAAAAUAGGAAAAUUCUAGAAAAGAAGGGCACAGAGUUAUCCUCUGUGUGUUCUCAAAAGCUGCUGAUUUGGUGACAGUCAAGAAGAUUCUCUUGCCUAUGCUUGUAGCCUGGUAGUAAGCCACAGCUGCGGCUAAUGUCUCUGUUAGCUCUACUGUCCUUUUUCUCUCUCUGCUCUGUUAAAAUCUAUUGGUCCUCCUACAGACCCUUUCUUCAGUGACCAACCUAUAAACAUUGUGAUUAUAAAGCUGCUUUGGCUUGAUUCAGGACCAAGCCUUUUCAUUCUUCUUUGUUUUCUUUUUCUUUGUGGUCUGUUAGAGUACUGAGAUGGUCAGGCUGGUUUUACCACUGGGUAGCAAAAGGGCUCAGGGCUCAGUGUGUCCUUCAGAGGUUUAUUGAGAGGUGUGCGUUGGCAACCACAGGUUCAAACAUAGCUUAGUUACAGAACUCCAAAUAAUGCCUUAACUCGGUCAACGUAUUGCAGCUCAGCUUCUGGGGCUCACUAGAUAGCAAGACCAGCUCACCAAAACUAGUUGCCAGUAGAGACCCACACCAAAACCUGGUUUUAAUUUGGAGCUUAGGAAGCAGUCAUUUUGCAAAGCAGUCCAUUUGGGUCUGUUGACUGCAGCUGACUAUUGGUGAAUAUGCAAUAAGUAAGGAAGAGCCACUUCUCAGAGUCUUAGAGUUCCCAUCCCAUCGGCACAGAAACUGGAAGAGCAGAUGCCUGAGAGCUGAGCCUCACUGAGCAACUGGCUCUCGGCAUAUCCCUUGUGAAUAAAGAAUGGCCUGAGAAAACCUGGAAUUGCUGCUUUUUUCAGUUACUGAUUAGUUCCCAACAUCAGCCUUUGGUCUGCAGUACUGCACAUGGCUCCUCUGGGAUGGGAAAGUUGUUACCUGAGCUCACUUGUGAGAAGGAGCCCGUAUCAGCCUGUGUUAGAGGCUGCUGAUUGUCUGGUUUUAAAAAAAAUAAAAUCCUAAAUGGAUCUUCCUGCUAUGGCAGCACUGUGUUUUGUCACCAAGAAUACAGAAGCUUAGUUUUCUGGAGGAGCAGUUAAUCUUGGAGACAAGAGAGCAUGAGAAGUUACAGCUGAGAGCUACCUGCUGCUGGGUCAUUCCUCUGGAUAAGAGGGAAAAGGGCUUAGGCCUAGGGGGGUGUCUCAAGUUGAGUCUCGUGCUGUAAUUUUACUUUUGGGGAUCUACUAAAAUAUUCUUCGCACAUCUGAAAAUGCUUUUUUCCUUUUUUGUGUGUGGGGGGGAGUAAUUAAAAAAAAAAACCCUUAACCUACAGAAAUACCUUUAAGUCUUAACUGUUGAAAAAGUCAAAGGAAAUACGUGGAUACGGCUCUCGAGUCAUCAGAGUGUGAGCUGUGAUAGCUUUUUGACUUUUUCCCCAGUUGCAGCAAUACCUGCUAGGAUGGCCCAUGCUUUUGCCCCCAUGCAGCUCUUGGGUGACUGGUGCAGGUGUCGAGGCCUUUGGGAGGCUGGUUGCUUGGCCUCGUGUGGCUGUGUGUUUCGGGAGAGAGUAGGUAGCAGACUCCUUAGUUCAGCCUUUUCUAGAUGCAGGGCUUCAGUGUAAGACAGAGUUGGCGGUGGCUGCAGAUUCUUUGCCGGGGCUGUUGUAGCAUGUUGCUGGUAUGGAGGCGAGAGCAUCAUCAGGGAUUUCUCUCCCUCUGCCAGGCACUGGAGGAGCAGAGUAGCCAGCGUGUCCCAUCUGGCACGAGGAACUGAGAAAUGGUGGGAAAUGCCACUUUGUUUUUCCCUCACGGUUGUCUGCCCUUGUCCUUUGGUGGAAGACAGUGCUCAACACUUUGGUUGCACCAGGAACUGUGUCGCUUCUGUCCCAGAGACCCCUGUGAUUUCUGUCCUUCCGCUCAAUAGUCUUUUUGGAAAAUGCUGCUGUUGCGAUAACGAGUUGUACAGAGCUGGUUAUCUGCUGCUUCGUUUCCUUCUGGCACAACUGGAGCUCUGAGUGCCUGAGGAAUUCACCUCCAAGCACUUAAACCCCCAAUUGCUUUGAAAACAUUGUUGCUGAAGUGUAUCCUUAUAUGCUGGGGUGCUGCAUUAGACGCCUCUUCCUCACUUCCACUGCGCUGUCGUAUGCUGAGAGCAUUUGGGCGAGGAAGGAAGGCGUGGGGGCAGCUUCACCUCUGGGUGGAAGUAGCGGGCUUCACGCUCGCCUGCGCCUCGGGGAGAAUCUGUUCCUUUUGCUUUGUGUACUGGAAACAUGAGUACUAUAUUUUUGGACAAAGCAUUUCUAAGCGGUCUUAUAAGGGAUUAUAUUUUUUAAAAUACAUUUCAAAUAAAGGUGCAAGACUGAGUGCAUGUUUACUUGCCCCAGAUCAAAGGUUUUGAACACUAAGGUCACUAUCUGUUGAAUGGACCCUCCUCUUGGCGCUUUUCCGUCUUCAGGCAAUUGAAGCUCCUGCCCUCUUUCCAGUUUUACGAUUACAUUGGGUUCAGGUUUUGGUUUGGUUUUUUUUUUCCAGGAGAAAUAUAUAUACAAAAAAUUCUAAGCAAUUAAAUGUGUCAAGCCAUAAAACCAGGAGUGUGGGAAGACCCUCUUCACCAGUUUUAAUGUAUUUAUAUGUAAAAUGCUGUUUGUAUGAAAUAUUUUCAUGGUAGAAUGAAUAUUUAAAAAAAAAAAAGAAGAGUUCCAAUAAGAUGUAAACCAAAUUUAAAAGGAUGUCUUUUUGUAAGAUGCAAGUGUGAUUACCAAUAAGCAGAUACUAUUUUUUUUUAAAGGAGAGAUCCAACAAAUUAUCUUUACAAUUACAAAUGGUCAUUUCUGCUAUUUGGAAAAGUAUUUAUGCAGCAUUACACACGUCUAUCAUAAAUCACUGUAAUAGCAAGGCCGGUCACACCUUCAGGACAUACCUCUCAACUUGUCCCUUCAUGAAAUUGUACAAACUGAUUCAUCCCUCCUUUCUGCAGAAUUCCUCCUGGAAAACUUUUCCUACUGUAACUGUACUGAAUUUAACUCUUGAGCUAAUAUCUGGACAAAAAUUGUGUUUUAUUUAACAAUUUCUGCUGAGCCUUCUGCUAUUUUAAUACUCUUUAGCCCAUAAUUACUGGGUGUCUCUGUUCUGAAGAACUAAGUGCUAAAGAAUAAUUCUUGGGGUAAGCUAAUCCGUGUGUUAACAGUUAACCCCGGAGUAUUUAACUUGUAUACAGUACUUGAUAGGUGUUUUAUGACAUUUGUACUCGAACUAUGAGCCUUACUGAACAUCUGUAGGUUUAUUCAUGACUUUUAAAAAAUGGAUAACUCUAAGAAAGAUGUUUACAUGAAUGAUGAUUGCCCUUCCUUUGAUGUUAUGAAUGAGGUUUUUAUAGUGUGUUUGGGUGUAUGUGCAAGGAAGUAAGAAAAAAAUGUUUCUGGGGAAAAACAGACUUGACAAACAUUUGUAAUAAGUGAAUUUUAAAGAUUGCUUUAAUUGCGCUAUCAGGCAAUGCAGAUAUUAAAAUAUUCAACAGAA